GGUCAGCGCACAUGCGCAGUCGGCGGAGGACGUUGUGUGAUCGUCUUGUCCUAAUUCACGCCACUAUCGAGCCGUGGAUUAUUCACACGCCCUGCAGCAGGAGAGGAUGUCGACCUGUUUACUCCCGACCCUUUUCAUUAUUCUACUCGCUGUGGGUGCGACCCUCCAAGAUGAAAGAGAAGUCAAGAGGAUUUGUGCCGGCAAGGAAUUUCAAAUGCCAGUCGGCUCAACAUACAGUACUGUGACUUUCACCCCACACAAUGAUGGACCAAAGCAAGUUCUGCUGGAGGAAACCGAUGUAAAAGACCAUCGAUUUACAUGGACCAGAGAUAAGACGUUAAUCCUGAAAGAAGUGACUCACAGUGAUCAAGGACUUUAUGCCAUUAAAUUGUUCACUGGAUUCACCUAUGAGGUCGUACGUCUGAUUGUUACAGAAUGUACAAAGUCCUACCACAGAAAAUAUGGAGAGAACUUUGAGAAGACCAUCCCUGAAAGUGGAGUCCUCCUCGAUUUCUCUCCCCGUGGAGCUCCACCUGAAGCUGUGCCCAUUGUCCUCUGGAACCGGACAUACCCUAAAACCCGUGAUAUUGAACAGGGUCGGCUGCAGCGAGGUGGGACGGUCUGGAUAAUCGAGAGAGUGACACAAGAUGACCAAGGCAACUACACAGUGAGAGACAAGGAUGGGAAUGGGAUGUCCCGCAGCAUCCUUUCUGUUCGUGGACACUCCUUUAAAGUCACCCGCUUCCCCAAAGAGUCUCUAAACCUUCCCCUCUUUCUUCCCAUCGAUCAUGUCCAUCUCACUUUUACCCCUACCCGACACCCUAAUCAAUCCACACUGAGACAUUUUGACCCCAAGCCUCCCAGUGGUACCGUACAUCUGAUCAAUGGGGGCCAAAUAAUGGAGGAGAACAUGCAGAUCUCUCUGGGCAGGAAUGGUACCACAAAUGAGAUCAUCAUAGCAAAGCUGACGUCAGUGCAUGAUGGGAUUUAUGAAAUUAGAGACAUAAAAGGAAACCUGGUGUCCUCUACCAUAUUACAGGUGACUGGUUCAAAAAGGGUGGACAAAUGGCGAGCAAUCUUCAAGUCCAUCAGUGUCCCCUCCGGGAUGUUUGUGUCACUGACUGGUUUAUUCCUGUUCCUGAAGCACUACCCACGCUGCAGUCUGUCGCAGGUCAUUGCUGGCAUCAGAGCAAACCCCACACCACCAGCCAACCCUCUGAGAGUAAAUAUCCAGGACUGCAGUCAGCCAGUCUCUGGACCCUCAGGCUUCUAUAGUCACACUCAGCAGCCUGGAACACCAAGAAAAUGGACCCCAAGAGCGAGUCCUACUCAUACCGGAUACAUUCCAGUUUCUGUGGGGACUCCUAAAACAAAGAACCAGACAGACAGAUUGGCAGCUGGCAACUCCCCUCAUCAUAAUUCAACAACCGAGGACACAGCUAAUGAGGAAGACAGAAGGAUUUCCUUUCCAGUGCCUGGAGCCUCAGAUUGCCUCCACUCAUCUGAGGACUGUGUUCAAUUCCAGAUCAAAAAAGACGCACAUAAAGAAAGGUCGAACAAAUCUCAAGAAUAUUUUUCCAUUCUGCCACUGGACACAAACACAUCCGACACCUGCAGUGUUUACAUUUCGGGGAAACUGGACUUAUAAAACAGAGGAGUGGAGCAGAAGUGAGGGAAGAAGAAAUGUGUGAAAGAAAAUACCUCACGUGUGCCUUAUGCAUCUUAGCUUAGUCCAAAUUGUUUGGUAUCAAUACUGCAUGGAACUUCUUUCACAUAGCGGUACUUGAGCAUGUGUAAGGCAUUAUCUUCCCUGCCUUAUUUCACCCAUUUCAUGACACAUUUUUACGGAGCUACUGGAAUCACCUGCUGUUACCUACCUCCAGAUCCUCAGGACCAAUAUUACCCACGCUGUAUUUACUGAGUGUGUGAACAUGUGCAGUGUAUUUGUGUAUAACAUGAUCUUCAGGCAUUCCUCUUCAGAAGAACGUGGGGAAAAAGGGGAUUUUAAAAAUAUAUACUGUACAGUAAUGAAUAUUUAUUUUUCAUUUUCAUGUUAAUAUAUGUACUGUAGUUGAGUAACUUAUACAAUAAUAUAGUGUAUUAACCCUCGAGACAAUUUUAGUACUGUAGUACCGAUGAGUUUGACUGCUGCUUGUGAUAUUUUUUCAGUGUUACAAUUCAGAUUCUGAUAGCGUUAUUUGUCCAAGUUAACCAAACCAUACAGAUUUAAGUUGCAAAUAAAUAAACAAACAAGCAACAGA